AGUUCCGCUCUGGGGCGGAAGUGGCGGGAGUGGCUCGACCGCUGAUCUGCCAAGAUGAUGGUGGUACCUGUGCUGCAGGUGUCUCAUGUCUUUUGCUGCCCGAACCAGGUUCGAGGAGCUUUGAGUUGGAAUUCCGGGCUUGGAGGACAACUGGCCUUCGGCACGUCCUGCUCCGUGGUUCUCUAUGACCCUAAGAAAAAGGUGGUUCUUAACAAUCUGAAUGGUCACACUGCCCGAGUCAAUUGCCUGCAGUGGGUACGUAGACAGGAUGGCUUCCCAUCCUCUGAAUUGGUGUCUGGAGGAGCCGACAGCCGAGUGAUUCACUGGGAGAUAGUGAAUAAUCAGGUUUUAAAAGCAGUCCGUCUCCAAGGCCAUGAAGGACCUAUUUAUGCCGUGCAUGCUAUUUACCUCAAUGGGCCAUCUGAUGGUGCGCUGCAUUCUCUGAUAGCUUCUGCAGGUUCAGAUUCUACAGUUCGACUGUGGUCUAAAAAGGGGUUGGAAGUAAAAUUCCUUCAGACCUUGAACUUUGGAGAUGCAUGUGUUCUGACUGUCUGCCUGUCUAUUUUGCCCGGUAUUAAAGUACCAAUAUUAGCGUGUGGUGAUGAUGACUGCAAGAUUCACUUAUUUGUUCAACAGGAUGACCAGUUUCAGAAAAUGCUUUCUCUCUGUGGGCAUGAGGACUGGAUAAAAGGAGUAGAUUGGGCAACUUUUGGUAGAAACCUUUUCCUCGCAAGCUGUUCACAGGAUUGCCUAAUAAGAAUAUGGAAAGUGUAUAUGAAACCAACAUCUUUAGAAACUGAGGAUGAUGGUAUAAGACUGAAGGAAAAUACUUUCACUAUACAGAAUGGAGGGACCAGCAUAACUGUUGCGGUUACCCUGGAGACCCUGCUGACUGGACACGAGAACUGGGUAAACUCAGUUCAUUGGCUGCCUGCCUACUACGAAGAUGGUGUCCUGCAGCAGAAGGUGAGAUUACUCUCUGUCUCCACGGACAAAAGCAUGAUUCUCUGGGGUCCAGAAGAAGACUCCGGGGUUUGGUUAGAACUGGUCCGAGUAGGUGAAGUCGGUGGAAAUACCCUGGGGUUUCUUAACUGUCAGUUCGGAGAGAAUGGCAGCAUGAUCGUCGCUCAUGCGUACCACGGAGCGAUGCACCUUUGGAAGCAGAGUACAGUGAACCGAAAACGGUGGGUUUCAGACAUUGUCAUUUCAGGACACUUUAGUGGUGUUCAAGACCUAAUAUGGGAUCCAGAGGGAGAAUUCAUCAUCACCACUAGUACGGAUCAGACAACUCGCCUUUUUGCUCCAUGGAGGAGGAAAGGCCAAUCACUGGUGACUUGGCAUGAGAUUGCAAGGCCUCAGAUACAUGGAUAUGACCUGAAAUGUUUAGCGUUGAUUGAUCGGUUUCAGUUUGUGUCUGGAGCAGAUGAAAAAGUUCUUCGUGUUUUUUCUGCUCCUCGGAAUUUUGUGGAGACGUUUUCUUCCAUUGCAGGGCAUCAACUGAGUAACCUGAUUUGUGAUCAAGACGAAGCAAUUCCCGAAGGUGCCACUGUCCCUGCACUGGGGCUGUCAAAUAAAGCUGUCUUUAUGGAAGACCUGGCCCCUCAGUGUACUCAAGAGGAGCCGUUCUUAACUAGCCAUGUCUUUGGCCAGAUCGAGAUGACCUUUCAGCCUGCCGUCCUUUCUGAACCUCCGCCUGAGGAUCAUCUUCUGCAGAACACAUUGUGGCCUGAAGUUCAGAAACUGUAUGGACACGGCUAUGAGAUAUUUUGUGUUACUGUAAACAAUUCAAAGACUCUGCUUGCCUCUGCUUGCAAGGCAACUCAGAAGGAACAUGCAGCUAUCCUUCUUUGGAAUACAACAUCUUGGAAACAAUUGCAGAGUCUUGUUUACCACACCUUGACCGUCACACAGAUGGCCUUCUCACCUGAUGACAAGUUCUUACUGGCUGUUUCCAGAGAUCGAACCUGGUCUUUGUGGAAGAGGCAGAGUGUGACCUCACCCGAGUUCGACCCAUUUUUCAGCCUCUUCGCAUUCACCAAUAAAAUCACUUCUGUGCACAGUAGAAUCAUCUGGUCUUGUGACUGGAGUCCUGAUAGCAAGUUUUUCUUCACUGGAAGUCGAGACAAAAAGGUGGUCGUCUGGGGUGAGUGUAACUCUAGCGAUGACCUUGUGGAGCACAGCAUUGGCCCCUGCUCCUCUAUCCUGGAUGUGGGCAGUUCUGUGACAGCUGUCAGUGUCUGCCCUGUGCUGAACCCAACCCAAAGAUACGUGGUUGCAGUCGGAUUAGAGAGUGGGAAGAUUUGUUUAUUCUCCUGGAAGAAGUCCAAUCAAGAAGUCAAUGACUGGAUCCAGUGUGUAGAAACAAGUUCAAGCCAAAGUCACACGCUUGGUAUCAGAAGGCUGGCCUGGAAGAACUGCAGCAGGAGGAACACUCAGCGGAGAGAGAGCACUGAGUGGUUGCAGUUCGCAAGCUGUGGCGAAGAUCACACUGUGAAGAUUUUCAAGGUUCACAGAUGUGUGCUGGCAGACUUCACAAACCGGGGGCACUCCGCCAUCCCUGAUGCGUCCUAAAAUGUCCAUUGUGUGAAUCGAUCCCCUUUCUUUACCUUCAUGGUUGAAUGAGUCUCCCCAUCUGGGUCUCAGUCCCUCCACUAUCCUAUGAAGGCUCUGGAUGCUCUCCCUUGUUAUAGUACAUCUGUAAACCCCAGAACCCUUAUGCAUGCUUUAGAGACGAUUAGAUGUACCUCUGUGUGUUCCAAUUGAGAACAUUUGUUCUUCGUGG